AUGUCUACUCCAGAGCCAUUCCCAGCAGCAUAUUGCCCUCCAGUUGAUGACAUAAAAGAGGAAUCCUCGUCAGAAGAGUUUUCAUCAAAAGUCUUCCCACCAGGAGCUUUCCCAGCAGAAAAUUGCCUACCAGCAGACCGUGAACCGAUCAAUUCUUCAACAGAAUGUGUCCGUAAUUCCAUCCAAGACGAUGACCUCAGCUGGGAAGAAUUCACGGAUAGCGACUGUCAAUACGAGAUCCAAGAGAUAAAAGACCAACUGGAGGAUCUAGGACAACAACGCCUCUCACAGACCAAAAGACUCCAAGCCAUCGAAGCAAAGAUAGAAGACCUCUUCACCGAAAAGGAAAUCACAGCCCAGCUCUGGAACACUCUACGCGAGCCUAUCUUACACUCAUGGAGCGGCAAGCGUCCAUCGUCAAAAGUGGAUUGCCGUUUAGCCCUAUAUACCCACAGGGGCAAUAUCAGGGCUGAUAUCCGGGCCAUUGAUGCUAUGAGGUUCAUUGACGGCGAGGUGUUUCAAGGUUGGCAGGAUGCGUUUGAGGAUCGGUAUGGGGUUCCGUGGAAAGAGUGCAUGGAGACGAACUGUCUGCGUAAUGUGUCUUGGGAGGGUGUUCAGGUGUUCAACAUGCGGGCUUAUGUCUCGCAUAGGUUUCAAGGUCCUCGGGAGGAGAUUAUGAGGAUCUGUGAUAGUUGA